CAAAUACCAAUCUUUAUUUGAGUACUCUUUUGCGAUAAUAAAAUGAAAAUGAAAGUCAAAUGGUAUAUCAUAAGAAAGUAAACUUUUAUCCGGUAAUUAGUAAAAAUAAAAACAACAAACGAAGAUACGACUCAUAUUCAAAUUAUAACAAUGUCGAAACGAAACAGCACAGGGGCAGCCAAUACUCUUUUCAACUAUUUUACUAAAACACCGCCAACGAAUAAAAAAUUAAAAGCGAACGCUACUGAAGAUACCGAUUGUAAUGGUUCCCCGAAAAGCAGUAAAAAAGGAAUACAUCUCGAAAAUAAAAAACGCGAAAGGCAAAUUACACCCUCACCGGAGCUUAAAAAGGCUUCGAGUGAUGAAGAAGAAGUUAUUUCAUUGCCAACUAAGAGAAAAAGAAUAAGAUUAAAUCCAGUCGAUUCUGAUGAUUCUGAUGUUGAAAAUAAAGACAAUAAAAUUGGAUCAACCAAGAAAGAAGAAGAUGAAGCAAAGAGUGAGAAAAAGAAAGAAAGUAUAGUAGAAAAGAAACUUCAAGACAGUUUUAAAUAUGAACCAAAUCAAACCCCAAAAAGUAACAAGAAUACUAAAACUACAGCUGGAUCAAAAUCAAAAGCAAUGUUACCUGAAGAAAACCCAAAGAGUCAGGAAGAAGAGUCAUCAGAUGGUAAUUGGGUGCACUGCAAGUUAGACUGGUUGAAGCCAGACAAGAUCAGAGAUGCGAUGAAGAGGAAACCGGACCAUCCAGAUUAUAAUCCGAGGACUCUGUAUGUUCCACCGGAUUUCUUAAAAAGUCAGACACCUGCUCAUCAACAAUGGUGGAUAAUGAAAUCAACCAAUUUUGAUUGUGUAUUGUUCUUCAAAGUUGGUAAAUUCUAUGAAUUGUAUCACAUGGAUGCUGCUGUUGGGGUCAAUGAACUUGGAUUCUCCUACAUGAAAGGUGAUUUCGCACACUCUGGCUUCCCUGAAAGCGCCUACGGACGUAUGGCUUCGACUCUAGUAUCGAAAGGUUACAAAAUAGCACGCGUGGAACAAACCGAAACGCCUGAAAUGACACAGGAAAGGUGUAGAAAAAGCGGACAGAGCAGUAAGCUGGACAAGGUGGUCCGGCGCGAGGUGUGCCAGGUGGCGGUGCGCGGCGCCGAGGGCUGCGGGCCCAACGACGCGCCGCGCGCCGCCGCACUCGCCGCCUACAUGCUCGCGGUGGCUGAACAGGCACAUAAUGAUUCAAGCACUUAUGGAGUUUGUUUCAUAGACACUUCAAUAGGAUUGUUCCACCUUGGACAGUUCGAAGACGACAAGCACUCAUCGAGACUUCUCACCACACUGGCGCACUACCCACCAGCCUUGAUAAUAUACGACCGUAAAGCGACAACGGCCCGCACGAGCAAGCUGCUGUCCACGCACUGGCACGACGCGCGCAGGGAGCCCCGGACCCUGGGGCCUCCCGAUGCCACGCUCAAAACCUUAGCCGAGAAAUACUACAGGACGAAUGAGGACGGAGACUGGCCAGAAGGUAUCAAGGAGUUCUUACAUCAAGGUGAUUCCCUGGGCCUGACACCGGCUCCCAACUGUGAACUCGCCAUUAAAGCUCUCGGAGGAUGCGUUUCUUAUUUGACCGAGUGUUUAUUGGACAUACAAAUACUAGGAAUGUCGCAGUUCACAUCGUACGCUCCACCCGAUGUACUAAAUAGGAAGCUAUCUGAAAGGCACAAGGUCGAUAAUUGUUGGGAGGGCGGUAACACUUUGGUGCUGGACGCAAUAACGCUGAGGAAUUUACGGAUAGUACAAGACGAAGGCUGUCUGUACGAUAGAUUGAAUUUUUGUUCAACGGCUAUGGGAAAAAGGUUGCUCUAUCAAUGGGUUUGUUCGCCGAGCGCCAAUAUAAACGUAAUAAAAGAAAGGCAAGAAGCUGUCAAAUGUUUGUUUGACAAUCAGGAACUAUGUCAAAAUGCAAAGAACGUUUUGACAUCAUUACCCGAUUUAGAACGUCUGUUAGCUAAAGUACACACCCUAGGAAACUUGAAGCGUUCAAAGCAGCAUCCGGAUUCUAGAGCAAUAUUCUACGAAGAGAAGACAUAUUCAAAGCGGAAGGUUCUAGAGUUCAUCUCUGUGCUGAACGGCUUCACCUCAGCACUGACUCUUGCCGAGAGCUUCAGUGAUGUGGACUCGGUGUUAUUAAAAAGAAUCACACAAGUCGAAGGUGGCAAUUAUCCGGAUUACAGGGACACUUUGAAAUUUUUCAAGGAGGCCUUCAAUCAACAAGAGGCCGAGAAGGAAGGCUGCAUCAAACCGGGCGCGGGCGUCGACAGAGAGUACGACGGAGCCCUGCGACGAAUACAGGAGAUAGAGAGUGAGCUCAAGGAGUAUUUAGCCGAGCAAGAGAAACACUUCCGCUGUAGAUUGUCAUAUGUGGGUACGGACAAAAAGCGUUACCAGAUCGAAGUGCCGCAGAGCGCCUGUUCCCGCGCCGGCUCGGUCUACCACAUGGAGAGCGCUCGCAAAGGCUUCAAGAGGUUUUCUACCAGCGAGACGAAGGAGUUCCUGUCCCGCAUGAUGGCCGCCGAGGAGCAAAAGACGAACGUGCUUAAGGACUUGAGCCGCAGAAUGUACGAGAAGUUCUCGUCCCACUACGCGCAGUGGGAGGCGGCCGUGCACUGCCUCGCCAGCCUCGACGUGCUGCUGGCGUUCGCAGAGUUUGCACGACAACAGCACGGCGAUAUCUGUCUACCCGAUGUCACUUUUGAUCCAGGGACAAAGCCCUACAUAAACAUCGUGGAGGGGCGCCACCCCUGCAUAUCGCUGGUGAACGAGUUCAUACCGAACGACACGAGGCUGGGCGGCGCCGGGCCCGGCCUGCUGCUGCUCUCCGGGCCCAACAUGGGCGGCAAGUCCACGCUCAUGAGGCAGCUCGGCCUGCUCGCCGUCCUCGCGCACCUGGGUAGCUACGUGCCGGCGCGGGAGUGCGGCCUCAGCCUCGUGGACCGCGUGUUCACGCGCCUCGGAGCCUCCGACGACAUCCUCGCCGGACAGUCCACGUUCCUGGUGGAGAUGAACGAGACCGCAGCCAUCGUCAGGCACGCCACCGUACAUUCGCUGGUCUUGUUAGACGAAUUGGGUCGAGGCACGUCCACGUACGACGGGACCGCCAUAGCGUCCGGCGUGUGCGCGGCGCUGGCGGGGCGCGGCUGCCGGGCCGUGUUCUCGACGCACUACCACUCGCUCGUGCGACACCUGGCGGCGCACGAUGGACUCGUGCUCGGGCACAUGGCGUGCAUGGUUGAAACCGACGAAUCGGUCCCCGAUAGCGAAGAUCACAUACCGGAGGAGACUAUCACGUUCCUAUACAAGCUGAGUCCGGGUGCUUGUCCUAAGUCCUACGGUUUCAAUGCGGCCCGCCUCGCUGGAAUACCCAAAGAAAUCACCCGCAGAGCUCACGAGAUAUCCAAGAAACUGGAAAAGGAAGCCAUGUGCGCACGAGCCUUUAGGGAUAUCAUGAAAAUGGAAAACAAUGCCGGUGGCGUUAGAGAGUUGCUGGCAACACUGACGAUUUGAGUGUUGCUGUAUUUAAAAAUACUCUUUGAUUGUGAAGAAACAGUAGUAAUAAGUUUGAUUCCUGUCCUUCACCAUUUUGGUGAAUUUAAAGAAGGCUAUUAUUUAAGAUUUUACGUUAUAUGAGAAUUCUUUUAGCCUGAAUGUUUUUUGUUUUCAAAAAUUGUCGGCUGUGAAAAUAUGAAAACAUGUUUUUCGUCGGUUCUACUAUGCUAACAUAGAAUUAAGAAUAAAUUCAUAAUUCCAUUUAAGAGUAAAUUAAUAAAAAUGAAAAAAAAAACAAACAGCGUAUUGAUUAUAGAAUUAAUGAACAAGUAUUCGUAAAAUAUGAUUUUUUUCCGAAAAUUAUAAUUUCCGAAAACCAAUUUAAAGAUUUUAAUUAAAAUUGUAACAAUUUUACAAAUUACUGGCAAUUGCGGAUGCUUUUUUAACUGUUUUAAUCCUUGGUAAUAAGAAUUGUAAUAUAUUAAUUGUGAUUUUGCUUGUGCAUUCUGUGAUCAACCAUCAAUAUGAAAAUGUACCCACCUAUAUUUUUACUAAAAUAA